AUGGCGACCACUGUUUAUGUCAAGAAUAUUGCCUCCAACACCGAGGACAAGGAGAUCAAGGACUUCUUUAGCUUCUGCGGCAAGAUCAACUCCAUCGAGGUCACCUCCGAGGGCGAGACCAAGUCCGCGACCGUAAACUUUGAGAAGGAGACCGCCGCCCGCACUGCUCUCCUCCUCAACCACACCACGCUCGGCACCAACAAAAUCUCCGUCACCGGCGGCUCCUCCUCGGACGAUGCCCAUCCCGAUGACUCCACCACCGAUCGUUCCCCCGACGAUGGCCUGACACAAGAAGAGAAGCCCCGCGCCCGCGUCCUCGCUGAGAUCCUCGCUCAUGGCUACCUCGUCGCCGAUACCGGUCUCGAAACAGCCAUUCAGCUCGACGAGAAGCACGGCGUCACCAACAAGUUUGUCAACACCGUCAAGCAGCUCGAUGAGCGCACCCACGCCACAGACAAGGCCAAGGCUGCCGAUGCUAGCUACGGCUUGACCGCUAGAGCCAACUCUCUCCUCACUGGCCUCGCGUCGUACUUUGAGAAGGCUACCCAGAGCCCCACCGGCAAGAAGCUGGUUGACUUUUACACCACCAGCUCCAAGCAGGUUCAAGAUAUCCACGCCGAGGCGAGACGGCUGGCGGACCUGAAGAAGGCCGAGCACGGCGGGAAUGCCUAUGCUGCGUCGGGGCUUGAUAAGGUCUUUGGCCGGUUUACUGGUGGCGCGGCCAAGUCUAAUGAGGAGGUUCCUGGUGGUGCUCCUGCCAAUGCGGCGGCGGUGGAGAGUGAGACUAAACCCACUGCGCCGGCUGGUACUGGGGAGUCCAAGGUCAUUCACUAG